AUGGAGUCACCAGCAGCAGCGAAGCCAGCGAGAGGUGCCGGAGGAAGAAGAGGAGGAGAUCGGAAGAAGAGUGUUACCAAGUCUGUCAAGGCUGGUCUCCAGUUUCCGGUUGGUCGUAUCGCUCGUUACUUGAAGAAAGGCCGUUAUGCUCUUAGGUAUGGCUCCGGUGCUUCCGUUUACCUCGCCGCCGUUCUCGAGUACCUCGCCGCCGAGGUUCUGGAGCUCGCUGGGAACGCUGCAAGGGACAACAAGAAGAACAGGAUAAACCCUAGGCAUCUUUGCUUAGCGAUAAGGAACGACGAGGAAUUGGGGAAACUGCUUCACGGAGUCACCAUCGCGAGUGGAGGAGUUCUUCCAAACAUCAAUCCUGUUCUUCUUCCCAAGAAAGCUACUUCUGCUUCCCAAGCUGAUAAAGCUUCACCUGCCUCCAAAUCUCCCAAGAAGGCUUAA